AUGGAGCUGUGCGCGUGGGCACCCCGCGCGCAUCGUUGUUUCCUUGUUUGUUUGUUUGUUUGUUUGUUUGUUUGUUUGUUUGUUGCUGUUCGGGACGACAUGUGGGCGCGUGCUGUGCUGUGCUGUGCGCUGCUGUCCGCGCUGUGUCCGGCCGGGAGGACGGAAGCCGAGAGGGGCGAGCGCGAGGUGCAGGACUACCCCUACAACUCCAACAGACUGCUCGGAGCGCUGCAUGAAGUUUUGGAGAAGCUGCAGACAAAGAGGAUCAAUCCCUGGGAGAAGAAGUAUGGACAGGUGCCCUCUUGUGACCUCGGGGAGCACUGCGCCGUCAGGAAGGGGUCUCGCAUCGGGAAGAUGUGCGACUGCCCCCGAGGAGCCUUCUGCAACUUCUUCCUGCUCAAGUGCUUAUGA